AUGGUUAAGAAUAAGCAUGGCUUUUACUCCAAUGGAGCUAAGAAAAAUAAAUAUCUGCAAAAAAAAAACAUGUAUUAUAUUAUAGAUCAAAAAUCUCUUAGCAAAUAUAAGAAAUAUGUAUCUAGCCAGCAAGAUUGUAGUGAAGACCAAUCAGAUGUUAACAGUGGAGUUGCUAUAAGUAGUAGGAGACAUACAAUUGUUAAACCAGAUAUACAAAUUGUUUCCAAAUUUGAUCAUGAUUCAGAAUCAAUUAAAAAUGAACAAUCUGAUCUCAGUGGUAAUGAUAGCAAUUCAAAACAUGAACCAUUGCAACUAAAUGGUGUUAAACCUAAAAAAAGUAUAUCAAAAUGGAAUAAAACUAGGAUUGAAUAUCAAAGAGCUGAGGCAGACCGGAUUUCAGAGAUUAAGGCGAUUAAGACAUUAAAAAGGAAGCUGCGGAAAACCCGUAUACAAACCACGAAACUGCUAACUCAAAAGACUAAAAAGGGACAACCUGUAAUGAAAAAUGUGAUUAAACAUUUACUAUUUAAAUUACAUAGUUGA